AUGGGGUUUGGGGUGAGGACGAUGCCGAGGGUGAGGGAUGAGGAGGGGGUGGAAGGGGAUGAGGGUGGUGGGUGAAGCGAGUGAUGACGGGGGAUAAUGUGUUUGGGUUGGGGUGAGUGUGAUGCGUGGGCGUUGUGAGGCAAACAAUGUAGUGUUUUCUGCGCUUGGUCAUAUUGCCUUAUUGCUAUGGAGUGUCGAUCAAGGUGGGAGAUCGGCUUGCUUUUGCUUGCUUCUGUUAAGAAUGGUUUAUUUAUUGGUUGUACACACUUACACGGAUUCAAAAAGAGUGGGAGCAGACUCAGCAGAGGACUUGGGUAAGCAGUUAUGCUAAACGCAGUUAUCCGUUUUAUUGUUUACUGACUGGAGCUUUCCACCCUGGUGGAGGGUUAAAUAGUGCAAUAUCUGUCGCACAGAAAGCAACGAUGGAGCUCACUCGGAUUAUGGCAUGAUGUACCCACUCCCUGUGGCCACUUCGGACUGAAUGCCGGACCGCGAAUACCCAAUUGAUGCG